UAUUUUCUAUUUUUAUGUAUGAACGUUCAUAGCUAGUUUCUCAAAAAGCAUAAAGCUCAUGUUAGAAAAUUAUUCAUGAAAACUUCGACUUAAAAAAUAAAUUAAAAAAUUUCGGUUCAAAGUUUCUAGAAUGUCUUCCUUUUUAGCUGGAGGCUCAACAACUUAUGCAAAUGUCAGUUUUUCCUUCCUUUCUUCCUCACUAGCUCACCAACCCACCUAAAAAAAAAAAUUAAUCGUACAUAUAAUAUAUAAACCGUUGAAUAUAAUUAUUGUCAAACCAAAGUUAAUGCAAAAAUGGCACAAAAUAUGUCCAUACUAUUUUCAUGUAAUCUCAUCUUGAGUAUAUUCAUAAUUAUAUUUUCCCCUACAACUCAAGCCACCUUCUCAAGAACCAUAUCUAAAAAACAACAAUCAAAUGACAUAACCCAUAUCAAAUUCUACUUCCAUGACUACGUCCAAGGGCCGAACCUUACGGCUAUAAGGAUCGCCCAAGCCAACACGACCGACACAUCGCCUAGCACAUUUGGCGCGCUAGUCAUGAUCGAUGAUCCCUUGACCGAAGGGCCAGAGGAUGACUCGAAUGUUGUAGGUCAUGCACAAGGAAUGUAUGCUUUCGCGGACCAACAAGAAUUUGCGUUACUUAUGACGAUGAAUUUCGUGUUUUCGGGGGGAUCGUAUGACGGGAGUACGUUGAGCGUGAUGGGGAGGAAUCCGGUGAUGGAGCAAGUAAGGGAAUUGGCGGUUAUUAGUGGAAGUGGUGAGUUUAGGUUUGCUAGUGGUUAUGCUCAAGCCAAGACUAUUACUAUGCUGGAUCCAAAUGGGGCUACUAUUGUUGAAUAUAAUGUUUAUGUUUCUCAUUAGUUUAAUUUCUUUUUUUUUUUUUUUUUUUUUUAGAAAUUGUUUAUAAGAUUUUUAUGUAAGAUAAUAUAAUAUGUGAUAUUCUUUAGCUAUUGAGCUAGAUAUUAUGGUUAAUGAUUAUUUUGAUUUGGUAGACUGAUUAAAUUUUUGCCACCUUCUUACUCAAUUAGGCAAUUCGUAUGGAA